AUGGACCUUGAUAUGCCGGACCUUACUGAGGUGCCCAUGGAUUCUCAUUCGGAAGGCGGUGCAACAGGCGAUGAGGAAUCGGGCAGUGGUUCUGGCUCGGAAAGCGGUUCGACAGGCGACGAGAAAUCGACCAGUGGUUCUACCUCGAAAGCCGGAUCAAUACACGUUGGUAGAACGUUCACGGCAGAUUUCCCCUCGGAAAGCGGUUCGACAGGCGAUGAGGAAUCAGGCAGUGAUUCUGGCUCGAAAGGCGGUUCGACGGACAAUGCCGAUGUGCCCAUGGAUUCUUCCUCUGAAGACGGAUCGACAGACGAUGAGGAACCAGCCGGUGAUGCCGAAUCGGAUGCCACAAGCGUAACCGACUCGGAAGAUUAUGGAAAUUCCGUCCGAUGGCAUCACCUCAUCGAUUACCUAGCUGACCACCUCCGCCAAUAUGUCUUGGGACUCCAGGGCGAAGAUGAACCCGGUCUAUUCACCACGGACCAAUUUGUCAGUAUCCAAGAAGAUCUGCUCGAUGAAGAAUGCACCGCAGGCGUCGAUGAAGUCUACGAGUACGCCACCAAGACUCGAUUCCAGAUCUUACCUGAAACCGUCAAAUUCGAGGUCCUCGACAGACUCUUCAACUUCCAUCAGGAAGAUAAGGAAGGUGCUGAUAUGAUCUCCAUUCAUUGCCUGCAUUCCCUCCGCUCUAUGAGUACCGAUAUGCGCACACUGGUUGAUCGCUGGUUGGAGGAAUCUCAUGAAAAAUGGGAAAAGCUAUCUGAAUGGGAAUUUCAACAUUUCUACGAUCGUGAUGUCUUGAGAGGAGAUUUGUCGCACCCUUGGAACCCCAAAGCAUACCAUGUUCCUCAUCUCGAAGAAACGAACCUGGCUAUCCAAGCCGCAACGUCCUGUGCUGGGUGCUUUGAGAUGCUCGUUUCUCAUGGUGUGAUAGUCCCAGAUGCAUACGAUAUCAACGGAAAGAGUCUUCUUCGUUGGGCACUGGAGCAUAAAUGCCAGGAUGUGGUACGAUACAUUACCAACAACGCCGAACUUCUGGGUGAUUUCUUCGAGGUAAACAACAAACCCGGAGAAGCUGCAGAGAAACACCCGCUGCUCCUUUUAAUCGAGUAUGCCAACCUGGAAGGCUUCGAGAUUCUAUUCAAAAGACUGAAAAAGGCCAACAUAUUCAGCACGCAACCCGAUCUUUUAAAAUUGUUGAAUGUUCCUUCAAGCAAACUCGGCAUGUGCAAAUUCGUUACUGCGAAACUCGCAUUAAAUAUCCUCGAUCGUACAAAGAUUAAUAUCGGUGACGUGGGACCCGCUGUGAAUGGAAAGAAAGACGAUGUCCCUUCCACCACUUCCUGGCACGAAGCCGCGAGAUUUAACCCGGAUGGUGAAGCGUUCAUGGAUUUCUUGUUGGAGUUUUCUGGUUUCGAUGGCCAGAAUUCUUAUAGUAGACAGCAUCUUACUCCUCUUAUGUAUGCCGCCUACGCAGAUAACCCGUCUGCGUUUAAAUGGCUUCUCAAGAAUGAGGACUCUUCUAGCGCUGGUCUACCGAACAGAUCUGACGCUCGUCCACCUUAUGUUGUUAAGAUCGUGGCCCAGAAUUUUAACUAUGGAAGUGACGAGAUGUUCCGUGCAACCCUCGAUAUAUUGCCUGAGGAAUUCUUCGAGGACUAUAUGAUGAUCAAGGAGGUUUUCGGGUAUAUCAUUGAUGGACUUACCAUGGCGGGAUAUAGAAACGAUGAUCCUAAUGGAAAAUCGGCUUUUCUGCCUGAGAAUAGGGUCUUGACCAUGUUCUUAGCUGCGGAUAAGUGCCAAGAGCUUGUGAAUCGCUUACCAGAGGAUUGGAUUUCCUCGGCUGAGCUCUAUCAAACUGUUUCCAGAGCGAGAUCUUUUGGUUAUAGCUUCUUGCCGCCUAGUUUGAUUAAGCAGAGAGAUGGCUCGAGGAACAAGCCGGAUAGAAUGGUUCUUCCUGAGGGACCUAAGCCUUUACCUUUUGAUUUUCCUUCGAGACGUCCGCUUAAUCGGCCUUAG